UCCCCAUUAGUCUCUUGUAGUCACAGGCUAUUUCUGGCCGCUCGAUUUCAUACACUGCUGUUACGCAAUGUCCCCGAACUGGGACCGUUUCGUUUGCCCAGUUUGAAACGCUUCACACACUUGAUUGACGUGCUAUAUGACAACCACGUGCGAUUGGUUAUUGCUGCAGACCGGCCCAUUACACGUUUGGUCUCACAUAACAAUCGGUCUCUGACUGAACUUGUCGCAGAGCAUCGCCAACUAAUUGAUGAUCUGCAGCUGGACAUGGUAAGUUGUUCACACAUACAGUUCUCAUAUUAUUACACACCUAGGUGUGAUGAACAGCAGACGGGGCGAACCCCAUGGUCACGAGGACCUGCUGUUCAGUAG